CUUAUUAUCAGUUUGUGUAUAUGAUAAAGUCGUCUCUAAAAAAUCGAGCAUGUAGUUUAAGUGAUGGUAGAAAUAGCAUGUAUUUAUAACUUUGCACGUGUUCAUAAACAUACUUUGUUAUAACAGGAAUAAUUCUGAUGUUUCCAAGCUGUUGUAAAAUAAAUUUUAUAUCUAAUAUUUACAAAACAGAUUUGCUGCAUCAAUAAUAUUAUUUACGCGUACUUAUUAAAUUCAAGGAUAGUGGGCAUACAUCAAAUAUACCCUAUGCCGUGAAUCGAUCCGUCCUGUUAUGAUAUACCACACAGUUAGAAAGGUACGGCUAUGCUUAUUUACCAUGAUGCGAUUACAACGUGUUGCAUUGUUUGUUGGCAAUCAUAAAAUCUGCGUAUAUGUUUUGACCAUAAAAGUUGAAGACUUUCAAGACAAAGUUUCGGGUGUUGAUGAUUAAACAAGGCUUUCAAGUGCCCCUACAUAAAUUCGCACGAAUAAGAUGUAUGGAUGUCGACACUUAAAAAGCAUAUUUAACAAAAGCAAGUGUACGCUCCUGAUAGCUGUUGUCAGUACAGCAAUCAUAUCUUUGCACCUACAAUAUGUAUCAAUACAGACGUUGACAACAGCUAGUAGGAAUGCAAGGAUAGUAAAGAUACUAAUCGAUAAGGACCAGGAACAUAGUACGGGUGUACCAAUAACAAUCAAACCAAAUGUUAGAAUUAAACACUACGACGUUUUGAUCAGCGGUUACAUGAGAAGCGGUAGUACGCUGACGGGUACUAUUCUAGGUUGGAGAACUGACUCGUUUUAUCUAUAUGAGCCAUUCCUGAAGAGCUUUAUGUGGAAUUACUGGCAUGGAAACGACACUGUUUGUCGCUCUGAUCGUCUAGACUGCAGAACGGUAGACCCAAGACAGGCUGUUGAGGACAAUUUCCUUUCCAACAUGUACAAUGGGUCCGCAUGUUCGUUAGUUAUGGCAAUGAAGGUAUUAAGAAACAUCUAUGAUUGUCAGUUUAACGACUUUGAACGGACAGUUUUUCACCCCUUAACUGCUAGAUUUGGAGGUCCCAGCUGGAGUCAGACGUAUUCUUGCAUAAAAGACAAGAAGAAUUCUACAUCAUGCCUACGUAAGUAUAUUCACCGAAAAUGUCAGAACGCAACACACCGUGUAACCAAAGUACUGAGGCUGUCAACUGAUCUGCUGGCAAAUUUACUCAAUGAACGUGAAAACUUGAAGGUCAUUCAUCUGUUCAGAGAUCCUAGGGCAAUCAUCAAUUCAAGAAUUAAGACCAGAUGGUUUCCAAUACAUGCAGAAAAACAAAUCAUUCAGGACGCCAAAGCUUUGUGCAAAAAAAUGUUGUAUGACUUCAAAGAAGGCCAAAAGUUACUAAAACUUUUCCCUAAUAGAUUUAAGGUCGUUUACUACGAAGAUUUAAGCAAAAAUACAUUCAAUAAAUCAAAAGCAUUAUUCAAAUAUUUGGGUAUGGAUUUAGAUGUACAAAAGUUUCCGACAUUAAGGCUGUUAACUGUAUUUAGCGAUUCGAAGAAGCAAACUGAACGUGAGAAAAACACAGCAUUCUGGUGGAGAAAAUCUUUAAGUUGGGACAUUCUGCAGAAAAUAGAUCUUGUAUGUAAAGGUGUCUAUACAGAACUUGGAUAUCUCUUUUUUAAAAACGUGGAAGAAUAUCAAAAUAUUUCACUUUCAACUGUUGAUAUACCAAAAGAAUUCUUAAUUAAGAACAUUUAUCCCUACUGACCAUUAUUUUAUGCAUUAUCCAUGAAAUAAAAAUUGCUA